AUGGAUCAACCUCUGACGGUCAACGCGCCUGCACCGUCAGCCAAACGCUCCAACUUGCGCUUUGUACCCACUUUGUUGCGCAAGAACUGGCUGCUCAAGCGCAAACACCCCGUCGCGCUUCUCUUCGAGGUGCUCACGCCCGUGCUCUUCAUCGUCGUCAUGGACCUCGUACGCACCACCAGUAGCGACGAUACAGUGCCCGCGGGGUUCACCACAGACACCACGUCCUACAAUCUCUUCAAUCCGUCGGGCUGGUCACUGGUAGGGUCCUACGCGACUCCAAAGCUCGCCACACCAGAGACUACGCUGUCCGGUCUCUUGCUGCACUUGGCGUACAAGUCGUUCGACUUUGGCAGACUCAUGAAGACCUUCACAUCUAAUAACCGCUCUAUCUGUGAGCGAGAAAUGGCGGUAGGAGGUCGCGUGAGUCUCAACACGUCGUCUCCGUACGCUCUCCCGUCCGAAUGUGAAGGUCGCGUGUCGCCAUAUAAAGUUGCCAUUGCACCGGAUACUGACUUUACGAGGAAUUAUUUCUACGAGACCAUGAAGAUGUGGUAUCCUACUGUAGUAAUCAAUGACUCGUCGUCCAAUAGUUCGCUCGUGAUUCCAUCAUUUGAAGACAGUACAGUUUUCUUUGCCACUGAAGAGGCGUUGGAGCAAUACGUCGAGUCUUCGGACUACGCGAAGACGGAGACACAGCCACGAAUCUUCGGGGCGAUUGUGUUUACGGACUACCCAACAGCAAUCGGCCAACCUGCAACUAUUGAGUAUUCGCUGCGAUUGAACUCGACAUAUGUGGGCGAUAGUGAGACGGAUCGAUACAUCCCGCAAACAGUCGAUGGAGAUGGGGCUUCAUUGUGGGAUUCCGUGAGUCGUAAGCUUGAAACUACAGACUACCAGCAGUAUACAACAAAUGGCUUCAUGACGCUACAGACGCUCGUCGCGCGGUUCGUCAACUGCUUACCGGACUGGGAUGACACCACUAAAACUACCACGGGAGCGUGUCAGAUCACUGCGGUAUCAACCGACGAUCUGGACGCGAGACUACUGGAGACUGUAGUCAACGACCCUGCAACUAAGACUACAGGUGUUUUAUUCACCAACUUGGUAGGGGCUUCGUCUCCUCUUACCUCGAACGUGGCCAAUGACACCCGUGAAGUUCUGCUGACGCCACUGCGUCAAGCUCCUCAACCGUAUUUAGGGUCUCUCACGACGCCCCUCCCCAUCGACUCUUUCGCUUCGUCCUCCUUCUAUGAUGCCGUCACCGACGCCUUCCCCAUCUUCUUCAUCCUCACCUACUUAUUUCCACUCUCCAAGAUCCUCGUUGGCUUGAUGUCGGAGAGAGAAACUCGUUCUCGUGAGCUCAUGAAGAUCCUGGGCGUCAAAGAGUCCAGCAUCGUCAUCUCGUGGUACCUCACGUACGUCAUCAUCUUGUUCGUGAGCUGUGUACUGCAGACGCUGGCAGCGAUCGCCAAGCUGUUCCCCAACACGAACGUGGUGUUGCUCUUCCUCUUCUUCUUCCUCUUUAGUAUGAGUGUACUGGGUUUCGCCUUCAUGAUCAGCUCCAUGUUCUCCAAGUCACGUACCGGGGUCUACGUCGGCUUUAUCCUCUUCGUCAUCAUGUACGGCGUGAGUGGGGCGUACAACGAUUCAUCCUCCGAGUCGUCCAAGAACGUCGCGUGUAUUUUAUCCCCAGUCGGACUUGUCUUCGGCGUCAACUCGCUGUCUGCCGCAGAAACGUCUCAAGUCGGGAUUUCCUUCUCCACGGCCUCGCAACGGAUCAAUGACUUCCGCUUCUCUACUGCUCUGUGGUACUUUGCAUUCGACACGAUCUUGUACACAUUACUGGGUCUAUACUUCGAGAAAGUCAUCCCGAAAGAGUACGGCAUGCCUGAGAAAUGGUACUUCCCGUUAAGUCCUUCCUACUGGAGGAAGUCGAGGAAGUUCGUGACUAUAACGAACGAGAACGGGUCAAGUGUACAGCUGGAUGUGAACCCGAAUAUUGAGUCGGUCAGUGCUGAUUUACUCGACCAGGAACGCGCAGGUGAAGCGCUCUGUGUUCAAGGUCUUCGGAAGGUGUUCCCAGUCCAUGGAGGCGAGAAGGAAGCGGUGAAAGGACUGCAUUUGAACAUGUACGCGGGUCAGAUCACGUGUCUACUGACAGGUAACGGUGCUGGCAAGACGACGCUCAUCUCUAUGCUCACAGGCGUCACGCCUCCGUUUGCGGGUGACGCGACGUUCCACGGUCUCUCGAUCCAUGACGACAUGGACGAGAUCCGCGAGUCUCUGGGCAUCUGUUUCCAACACGACGUCCUGUACCCGGAGUUGUCGGUACAAGACCAUCUCGAGUUCUACGCUCGUAUUAAAGGCUACACGGGCGAAACACUGGCCGACGAAGUGGCUGCAAAGAUCCGUGAAGUAGGACUAGUGGACAAGAAGACGACGAGCAGUAGUGCGCUGUCUGGCGGUAUGAAGCGUAAACUCUCGGUAGCCAUUUCGCUGUUAGGCGACAGCUCGCUGGUCUUCCUGGACGAACUUACGUCGGGGAUGGACCCGUACUCUCGACGCAGCACGUGGGAGAUCCUCAUGAACAACCGACAACGUCGAGUGAUGGUCUUGACGACGCACUUCAUGGACGAGGCCGAUAUCCUGGGCGACCGGAUCGCUAUCAUGGCCGAAGGAGAGUUGCGUUGUUGCGGCUCGGCUUUGUAUCUCAAGAACCAAUUCGGAGUCGGCUACAACUUGACGAUCGUCAAAGAAGAACACUGUGACGACGCCAAAGUCAUCGACUUUGUCUCUCGUCACAUCCCUUCGAGUCGUGUGCUGAGUAAUGUGGGUACAGAGAUUGCGUUCCAGUUGCCUCUUGACAGCUCGUCCCACUUCCCGACCAUGUUCCGUCACAUGGAUGAAAACCUCAACAAGUUGCAGAUUCUGUCGUACGGCAUCUCCGUGACGACGAUGGAGGAAGUGUUCAUUAAGGUGGCAGAGGCGUCAGACGAAGACCAGCAACAUACGCUACAGAACCGCGUCAAGCAGCAUGGAAUGACGUCUCAAGAGAGCAUCCCUAUCGUUGGAGACAAGCCAGCAGACGGACAUUAUCAUGGCCUGGAACGGACAGGGAGUUCGCUAGCUCUGACCCGGUCGCGAUCGAUUUUCGUGACUCAAACGGUGGCAAUGAUCCAGAAACGCUUUCGAAUGGCCAAGAGAGACAAGAAAUUGUUCGUAGUGGGACUGCUGCUUCCAGUAGCGUGGCUGGUCUUCGGGCUGUCCAUAUUGAAGGCUGCAGGUCUCACGAAUAACGACCCGUUCAUCGCACUCAACUUGUCUGGUCUAGAAGAUGAAGAAGGACAGGUUUUGGCUCCGUCUUACUGUGAGCAGAGCUCUGGGAGCUGGUGUGACACUGCGUUGGGGAGUGACUAUUACUCUGGCGCGUCGAUAGUGAGGUUGAGCCAGGAGGAGAUCGGAAACCCGCCGUAUCCAACCGACUCGCCCACUGUCUUCGACGUCGCGUACAACGACCCGACUAUCAACGCUACCGACGCAACGGGGUAUCAGCUGAAAGUGAGUCAAGAAAUCUACAAUCGAGCCUUUGAGAAGGGGAUCUCGGACCAGUUCGGUGGGUAUCUCAUACGCGCGGACGAAGACAACAAGGUGUUUGGCUACAACGUGCUGACCAACACGACACUGACACAUGGAUCGGUGGUGUUCAAGGCGUUUAUGGACCAAUCCUUGUACCGCUUAAUGGCUACACAACUUGACUCUUCUAUCCGAGCUUCGGACGUCAGUUUGACUGUCAACAACCACCCGCUCCCGUUGACUGCAGAGAACACGGCGCUGUUUACGGCCUACAUCUCGUUCACGUCGGUACUAUUCAUCGUGAUUGCGUUCGCCUACUACCCAGCGUCUAUCGUCCACCAACAACUGGUGUCUGGAGUGGGCAUCAACUCGUUCUGGAUAGCCAACUACCUAUGGGACUUCACUGUCUUCUUGGUUCCUGCUGCCAUCGCAUUGGUGUUGAUCCAAGCUUACGAUCUCGCUACGCUGACGGGCUCCAGCUCCUGUGUCUCGUGUGAUAGCUCGACGUUCCUGGCGGUUAUUACGUACAUGAUCCUGAUCAACUUUAUCCUCGGCCUCGCACUUAUGAUCGUCUCGUUUGUCAUGCAAGUGUUUGAGAGUACCGAGAGUGCCGACAAAGCGCUGCAGUUCAUCUGGAGAUUCUCCCCGCUCUUCUGUCUUGGUCGUGGGCUUCUCAACUUGACUAUCAUCGAGAUCACUCGAACGGGAGGAGCUGAGGCGGACACGGAGAUCUCGAAAGACCCAUUUGCAUUGGAGAAUACAGGCUACGAGAUCAUCUAUCUGGUCGUCGACGCAGUCUUGUAUUACGCUAUCGCUGUUGGUAUCGACUACGCCAUGACGUUCCCUAAGAUCAAGUCGGCUAUGGCGAAAGACCCCGAGAUUCCAGUGGAACACCGAGAGAUCGACGACGAUGUCCGAGAUGAAGUCGACCGCGUCUUGAUGGGAGGAGCUGAUAGCGAUACCAUCAAGUUGCAGAACCUCCGUAAGGUCUAUCGAAGAGGAGUCACAGUGGCAGUACAGGGGUUGUCAUUCGGUCUCAAACAGGGCGAGUGCUUCAGCUUCUUGGGCAUUAAUGGCGCGGGCAAGACAACUACGAUGAAGAUGCUCACGGGUGACAUCGUGCCCACGUCUGGCAACGCCACAUUGAGUGGCUACGACAUCUUGACGCAACAAGUGCAAGUGCGACGCCAGAUCGGCUACUGCCCGCAGAACGACGCACUCAUCGACUUGCUGACUGUACGAGAACAUCUCGAGUUGUUCGCGAAGAUCAAAGGUGUCCCCAACUCCGACUUGGACCUGGUAGUGCGUGAGAAGAUGGAACAACUGAACUUGACGGCGUUCGAAGACAAACUGGCUGGUAGUCUGAGUGGCGGCAACAAGCGCAAGUUGUCUGUGGCUAUCGCGAUGAUCGGGUCGCCCCGGAUUUUGUUCCUGGACGAGCCAUCCACAGGUAUGGACCCGGUUUCGAGACGAUUUAUGUGGGACGUAAUCUCGGAGAUCUCGACGUACAAUAAGGAGUCGACGGUGGUGCUGACCACACAUAGUAUGGAGGAGUGUGAGGCGCUUGUACAGCACUUGAAGAACCGGUUUGGUGACGGACUCAUGUUUGACGCCAAGCUACAGACGCCCACUGCAGAAUCCGUGACUGAACUGGUGCUGCGUCACUGUGACGCGGUGGACUCUCGUAUCGAAGAAGGAGAACUAGCAGAGACUUGUCGCUUGUUUGGCAACGCGACGUGGACGCAGAAGGUCGUCAACACUCAUCCGACAGGACACACGAUCGCUAACCUGAUCAAGCGUGAUGGAUACGUCUUGGCGAAUAGCUUUGCGGCGUGGUGGAUCACGGAGACGCGGUUCGAGAAUGUGUUAGCGUUCUUGCAAGAGAACUUCGGGUCGGUUGAGCUACUGGAGCGUCAGCACGACUCGUGCUGGUUCAAGAUCCACGACCAAUCCGCAGACGCGAAUAGUCUACGACUGUCGAAUGUGUUUGAACUGGUGGAGAACGCCAAGUCUCGCUUGUCUAUCCGCGAGUACAGCGUCUCGCAGACCACAUUGGAACAGAUCUUUAACGCGUUCGCAAGUCAGCAGGACGUGGACGAACCGGUCCUCACCACGCCUACAAACAGCCCUAGCAACUCUGGAGACACAAGACCUGGGCUGGUUUCACGUAUCCUGCAUCGUUAG